AGGUACGCAGAAUCUUAACUAAUAGAAAGAAGUAUAUAUUUAUUUAUAUAUAUAGAUAUACUCGCAUAUACAUACGAGAGUGUGAAUCUUUUGCAUGAUACCGUGAGACUUCUUCAACAACAAAAAAAAGGAAGCAGCUUUGGUUUGCUGCAGAUCGGGGUUAGGUAAGGGAGAAGUAAGCAAAGGUGGAAGAAAAACGGCGAGGAGUUUGUGAUUGCUGAGGCAAAACAACACGGAAUCUGAGAGGAUCGGUUUCGUGGCUGAAACUUGAAAGCAAAAGGAGAGAGAUUAAAUAUCUAACAGUGUCUGAAUGAUUUUCUGUAAUGAAUACGGACUUAAUAACCGUCCGUUGGUGUCCUGAAUGCAAAAAAAGAAGCGAAAAGUUUUUAGCUUUUUAUAACUUUUCUUUCUUCUCUCUUUCUCUCUCUCUGUUUCUUUCAUGAGGGUUAAGCCUAGUGUUUAGCGCGUGAAGGGCUUUUUUUUUUCUUCCUCUGCUUCUUCUUCUUCUUGUAUCUUCAUCUGGGUUUCUUCAAUGGCGAAUGUAGAUGGAGAUGAUUCCAGAAGUUCUUCCCCAAGUACUUAUCAGGAUCAGCUAUAUACAGAGCUGUGGAAAGCUUGUGCAGGUCCAUUAGUGGAUGUUCCUCUUACUAGAGAAAGAGUUUUCUACUUCCCUCAGGGUCACAUGGAACAACUUGUGGCCUCAACUAAUCAAGGAAUUGAAUCAGAGAAAAUACCUGAUUUUAAACUUCCUCCCAAGAUACUCUGCCAAGUUCUUAAUGUGACGUUAAAGGCGGAGCAUGAAACAGAUGAAGUUUACGCUCAGAUCACAUUGAAACCAGAGGAAGAUCAAAGUGAACCCACGAGUCUUGAUCAACCUAUUGUUGAACCUGCAAAGCAAAUGUUCCACUCGUUUGUAAAGAUUCUAACAGCUUCAGACACAAGCACUCAUGGUGGUUUCUCUGUUCUUCGUAAACACGCCACUGAAUGCUUGCCUCCCUUGGACAUGACACAAGCUAUUCCUACUCAGGAACUUGUGACUAGAGAUCUUCAUGGGUUUGAGUGGAGGUUUAAGCAUAUUUUCAGAGGACAACCUAGGAGACAUUUGCUUACUACAGGUUGGAGUACAUUUGUUUCCUCAAAAAGACUUGUAGCUGGAGAUGCUUUUGUGUUCUUGAGGGGUGAGAAUGGGGAUUUGAGAGUUGGAGUGAGGCGUUUAGCUAGGCAUCAGAACACGAUGCCUGCUUCGGUUAUCUCGAGUCAGAGCAUGCAUUUGGGAGUCCUGGCUACAGCUUCUCAUGCUGUAAACACCCAAACAAUGUUUCUUGUGUUUUACAAGCCUAGGAUAAGCCAAUUCAUAGUAGGAGUGAACAAGUACAUAGAGGCCAUGAAGCAUGGUUUUUCUCUUGGUACAAGGUUCAGAAUGAGAUUUGAAGGAGAAGAGUCUCCUGAGAGAAUAUUUACUGGUACUAUUGUGGGAGUUGGAGAUCUAUCUUCACAAUGGCCAGCUUCUACAUGGAGAUCAUUGCAGGUCCAAUGGGAUGAGCCAACAACAGUUCAGAGACCAGACAAAGUCUCACCAUGGGAGAUUGAGCCGUUCUUGCCAUCUUCCCCAGUUUCAGCACCUGCUCAACAAUCACAACCCAAAAGCAAGCGGUCAAAACCCAUUGAAUCAUCGGUUUUGAGUCCAGGUCAAGCUAGUUUCUUCCCUCAGAGCCAAGAUCCCACCAAAGCAUCCCUUAAACAGUUCCAAGCUGAAGCUCUUCCUCCUCCUCUUCCUCCUCCUCCCGCUAGUUGUAGCUAUAGGUUGUUUGGAUUUGAUCUCACAAGCAAUCCUCCUGCUCCAAUACCUCCAGACAAGCAACCGGUAGAUACUUGCGGAGCUGCCAAGUGUCAAGACCCCAUCACUCCAACCUCAGCUAAUGAGCCAAAGAAGCAACAAACAUCACGGACUCGAACCAAAGUGCAAAUGCAAGGGAUAGCUGUUGGUCGUGCGGUUGAUUUAACGCUGUUGAAAUCAUAUGAUGAACUAAUUAAGGAGCUUGAGGAGAUGUUUGAGAUUCAAGGACAGCUUCUUCCUCGAGACAAAUGGAUCGUUGUCUUCACAGAUGAUGAAGGUGACAUGAUGCUCGCCGGAGAUGAUCCUUGGAAUGAGUUUUGCAAGAUGGCGAAGAAGAUAUUUAUAUAUUCGAGCGAUGAGGUUAAGAAAAUGACGAGGAGGAUGAAGAGUUGUUCGUCGUUAGAGAAUGAAGUAAGCAUGGAUUAAUAAUCGUCAUUAUGAAGUGAUUAAUCGGUCAUUAGGUGUGAGAGAUUUAGCUGUUGUUAAUUAAUGUUAUUCGGCGACCUGGUUUUAGUUAACUCUGGUCGCAAGGUUCUGUCUCUAAAGACUCAAGAUUUUCACUCUUGUGUAUAUAUAAAGUCUUUCAUGGUG